AGCGCCACCCUUCUAUUUGAUAAAGCACCGCCUCUGCUUCUGCCUUUGUUAGUGUUUUUUCUCCUUUGCUGGACUUCUUUCUGCUGCCAUGUCGUUCAGAGGAUUUAGUCGGCCGAAUGCGACAUCAGGCAUGGGAGUUGCUGAUCACACCAAGGAUACCUUUCUGGAGCUGAAAAGGAAGAAAGUUCAUCGCUAUGUGAUAUUUAGGAUCGAUGAGAAGAAAAGGGAGAUUGUGGUUGACAAAACUGGUGCCCCUGCUGAGACGUACGAUGACUUCACUGCAUCCCUGCCCGAAACCGACUGCCGAUACGCCGUCUAUGACUUCGAUUUUGUUACGUCUGAGAAUUGUCAGAAGAGCAAGAUUUUCUUCAUUGCAUGGUGCCCUUCAUCGUCUCGAAUCCGAGCAAAGAUGCUUUAUGCCACAUCAAAAGACAGGCUUAGAAGGGAACUGGAUGGCAUCCAUUACGAGAUUCAAGCAACUGACCCUACAGAGAUGGAUCUUGAAGUGUUAAGGGAUCGUGCUCAUUGAUGGAUUCAAUUUCUGAUGGAAAAUACCGUAUAUUUUAAUCCUUGAAUAACCAGAAUCUGGUGAAAGCUGAUAUGAAGCUCUGGGUUAACAUCACCUAUGCUGCUAUGGAUUCAGAUUGUUUACUGUCUUCUUCUGAAUUAGUAUAACACUGUUCAUUCUGACUA